AUGGGAAAUUGUAAUAACAGCAAAGAUGUUAAUUUUGAUGAUGCAUUAUUGCCUUGUAAAGCUGAUUUUUCUCUGCUUUUUGUCAUUGGCAGAGGAGGUUUUGGAAGAGUUUGGAAGGCUGAAAACAAAAAAUCAAAAUAAUAGUUUGCGAUUAAAGAAAUGAAUAAAUGCAAGAUAAUUAAUAAGAAAAGUGUUAGUUCAGUUAUGAAUGAAAGAUAUUUACUAACUAAUUUAAGACAUCCAUUUUUAGUAAACAUGCAUACAGCUUUUUAAGAUAGAGAAAAUUUAUAUUUGGUAAUGGAUUUGAUGUAGGGUGGUGAUUUAAGAUAUCAUCUAUGCAAACAAAGAAAGUUCACUGAAAAAUAGACAAAAUUUUUUAUUGCCUGCUUAUUAUUAGCUUUGGAAUAUUUGCACACAAACACAGUAUUACACAGAGAUAUUAAACCAGAAAACUUAGUUUUUGAUAGAAAUGGCUAUUUAAGAUUAACAGAUUUGGGUAUUGCCAGAAUUUGGAAGCCCGAUAACGACAAUGACACUAGUGGAACUCCGGGGUAUAUGGCUCCAGAAGUUAUGUGCAGAUAAGCUCAUGGAGUGGCUUCUGAUUAUUUUGCAGUCGGAGUCAUAGCAUAUGAAUGUAUGUUCGGAAAAAGACCUUACAUAGGCAAAACUAGAAGAGAAAUUAGAGAUUAAAUAAUGGCUAAAUAAGUCUUAAUUAAAUCGAAUUAAGUGCCAGAGGGAUGGUCGGAUGAUGCUGCAGAUUUUAUCAAUAGAACUUUAUAAAGAAAACCUAUGAAUAGAUUGGGAUUUAAUGGGCCGGAGGAAGUACAAUCACAUCCAUGGUUGAAAGACAUUGAUUGGAAUAACUUUAUGAACUAAUCAGCUCUUCCUCAAUAUUCAAUAAAUAUAAAUAAUGAUAAUUUCGAUGCCAAAUUUGCAAAUAUGAAGGAAGAGGAAGAUCCUGAGACAAAUUUAUUAAAUGGCUAGUUGUUAAGAAGAUAGUCAAUUUAGGAUUAAUUUAAUGGAUACACAUAUGACCAAACUAUCACUCAAUAACCAUUCUAAAAUAGUAUUAAUUCAAAAUAGACGGUCCCUCAUUUGAAUACCCAGUAAUUGACCUCGGCUAAAAGAACAAAUAUUGAAGAAACUAAUCCUCAAUUAUCUCAAAUGUCAUCAAAAAAAUACAAUUUGAUUUCUUAAACCCCUAGAUUAUAAACCAAAAAUAUGCUCACUAGUUAAAAGCCUUAAACAGAUCGAAAUUAUUUUACUAACAAAUUUUAAUUCAACUGA